AUGGCGACGGAGCUGCCGUACCCGCUGUGCGCGGGUUUCUUCCCGCAGAUGGUGCUGACGGUGGACGAGCUCAUGCACUAUCGACGCUUCGGUAAGGAGCGUGUGGCGCAGCUCGUGCGUAUCAUCGACGACGCCGACUGCGUCUACCGCUGGACGGACAUCAAGGCGCGCAAUGGGCGCGGAGUCCAGAAGGCGCAGUUCCUGGACAUCCGACCGAGUACGAAGCAACCGGCAUCGCAACAGCCGUCCACUAUCUACAAGUCCAGUGUCCACAUUGUGGACGUCCAACCGGAUGAGAUCCUACAAGCCAUUGCCAAAGUUAAGACCCGAGAUGCGCGACGAACGUUAAGUUAUCUGCAUGGCGACGAAUUCGUCGACACGCAGACCCUGCUGACGUUUCCUACGUCAUCAGAGCACAAGAAACCCAGCUAUUCGUACAGAGCCAUCAAGUGGGGUCUUCUUAAAGCUAAUCGACGAGAAGGACAGAAGAGUCUGGACUUUUGCUACUUGGAAUACGCAGGCAAGAGGAAAGCUCACACAGCAGCCAGUAGCGUCGUUGGCUUCUGUGUACAGGAAUCUAUUUCCAGAGACCGAGAAGUGCCCACACUGGAGAGAUACGAUAUUCUACGAGGACAAUUUAUCCGUACAGGCAUCUUGAUCACUAAGACACACCAGUCUAACAUCCUCAAGGUCACUGCAAUGGCACAAGUGGAUGGCGCUAUGACCCCUACCGCUGUAAGGACGACAAUGGAGGAGAUCAUGGUCGACUAUGUCGCGUCUGUACAUCGUGUUAAAGGGUUAUUGGAGCGACAACGGAUGGGGAGACUACAGUAUCUGGACGAAUGGGACUGGGUGUCUUCUAAGGAGCGUAAAGCCUGCGCAGUUUGUCUGCGUGGGUUUUAUUUCCAUAGAAAACACCAUUGCGCCACCUGUGGCGAAGUUGUGUGCUCCAAUUGUGCGCCGCUACGUGAGCUGGAGGAGCCUUUGGACGAACAUACCCAUGCUAUGCGAGUGUGUUCUGUGUGUAUGGCACAAGCAGGUAGCCAUCGCGAAAGUAUGUCUGGUGUUACGGAGAGUGAAGAUGGGUUUCUCGAAACUACGACAACUACGACAAAUGUUGCUCAGUCCAAGAGAGAAGCUCUAGAUAAACUAGUGGAGCAUGUUCGACAGAUCCGUGAUACCAUCAAUGUAGCCAUCUCGGAGGCUGAGGAAGAAGAGGAACGGCAUAGUAUGAUGCUGGAAAGUGGACGUGGAGAUCCAGACGUCGGCGCGGAACGAUACGACGAGAUCUACGACCGUAUUAUGAAAAUUCGAGACACCUUGGACAUGUCCAGCUCGGACUUUGAUGCUGUGUUGGCGUCCAUCGGUCAGAACGAUCCUGUACGUCCGUCUGAUACCAUUUCCGACCGUCUGGACAGCGAGCUCGCCUUCAGUUUCAUUGAAGGAGCAGACAGCGAGCACCCCAGCACUCAGGCAAGUGACAGUAUCGACUUCCACUCGCCUCGCUCGUCGUUAUUGUCGACAUCUAUGCAGUCUCUGGACCAUCAAGAAGCGGGAGAACCUCUGCCGUCCCAACACGCCAGCGCUGUGGAAGAAGCACGUGCACUGGAAGAGGCGAUGCGGUGGGUUCGAGAAUCCGAACUUAUCGCCAACCUGCACUCGACGCGUCUAGCGUCGCCAGUAGUGACGUCUACUAAGACUGGGGAUUCGAUACAGCAAGUUGAGCCAGAACCUACGCCGUCGGGAGCGAUACCGACGCCAGUGGUGAGUGUAAGUACGAACCGAGGCAUCGAGCGACUUGCGAUGAAGAUUGGGCGUCUUCACCAACGUCUCGAGGCUUCACAACGGGAAUCCGAGACCUCCAGCACGGGCACACCGGGUGCAGUCGCUCCUGUUACCGAGAACGUACUUGAUGUGCCGGAUGAACGAGAUGAAAGAGGCCACGAUGAACCUGAAGCGGAACAGCAACCGACACUGCAUCGACGACAGUCGUCUGAGCCUCUACCGGUGUUAAAGCGUCCUGGCAAACCUUCGAAGGAGAAGCACGUGGCGAUCGCUCCGGAAGCGAUCACGUCUUCCCCUUUCCAGAGUCUCAACACAAGCGGACGUCUUUCCGAGCCCUCUCGAGUCCCCUCGGAUCUUGUAGCUAGUCUACGGGGCGUCAUGAACUCGAGCGAACUUACACAUGCGCCUCCGCGUCGACGCUCUGGUGUCACGGCAUCGUCCUCUUCACCGCCUACAACACCUCCGCUACCUUCUCGGAAUUCGUAUGCAGGCCAGUCAAAGAGAGCGCCACCACCGCCUCGUCCAGCUACCCCACCGUCCCUCCCACUCUACACGUCCAUGCGGCCUUCUGCUACUGCAGCACCGACACCGGUACAAGGUACCACAAUCUAUGUCUUCGACCCUGAAGAUCGAUUCCAGCGCGUCCAACGGCGUAGUCUAGACCAACGUCCUAUUGAAACUAUAGAAGAAACGAGACCGGAUGUGGUUCCGAGCGAGAAAGACGACGGGGAAGAAGCAAAUCCGACCUUUAACGCGUACUUGUCCUCCUCGGACGAAGAACAAGGACAAGUACGAAAGGCAGCGGCUGCGUUGCCACCAGCUGCUCGAAGAGGGCCGAGAACUCGCGAUGAAAGCAGCGAGCUGCGCCAACUGAUGGAGGGGUUGGCGAAGGCUCCGUUGCGGAGCCGAUGCUCGAGUGGACAGUCCACUGGAGCGCCACCCACCGAGAAAUUCGAUUUUUAA